AUGCGGAAGCGAUAUCACUCCUGGGCCUCGGCCUGGCUUCAGACCAUCCUUUGUUUUGGUUUGGCCGAAGGAUCCACAGCCGACGCCCAGGUGGUGCUAGCAUCUGGGAAGGGCGGAGACAGGCGGCCUCAGGGUGCCCUGGCAGUUACUCGUGACAUUGAGCGACGGGUGGUCCAGGCUGGAGGCAACACGGUAGGUGUUCUGGUGGCGUCGCUUUCUUGGACUUCUGCUGACGACCUUGACCUGCACAUGCUUUUGCCAGGUGGUCAGGAAAUCAGCUACAGGCACAAGACGGCGGAAGGUGGUGAGUUGGAUGUUGACAUGUGUGUGCAAGGGAAGCAUGGCGGCAAUUGUGCUGACCGGCCAGUCGAGAACAUUGUGUUCCAGGAUGACCCACCUGCAGGGCGCUACAAGAUCUUUGUCCAGAACUUUAACUACCACUUGAACACCCUGCCGGAGAACAUGCAGGUGGCCCGAAUGCAGGAGGGCCGCAAGGCGUCGAAAGAGGAGAUGCAGCUUCGCCUAAGCCAAGAUCGACCGGUGCUGUUCGACCUGCUACUCAAGGUGCACGGAAGCAAGAAGCUCUUCGAAGGUCUCUGCACGCCGGCAGGAAAAACGCACGGCAGUAGCGAUGUAGUUGUCUUGGAAUUCGACUAUGACCCCACGAAGGAUGAGGACGAGAGGUUCAUUCCGCACUUCGAAGCAGUCGCGGCUCAAGAAUGCCUAAGAUACUCGGAGAAGCUUGCCCUGGCUGGCUCGGAGGCACGUGCUUUGCCGGGAAGCCCGCGCGAGAAGUCUGUUCAGCCAAGAACGUCUGAUGGCAAGGCGGUGGAGGUGCAAAGGCACAUCGCUCUGGCAAGCGAGCAGGACUUUCAACUGCUGACUUUCAAAGACACAAAUUUCGGACCGCUUUGCGAAGGCAAGGGCUGCAUGGAAAAGGCGGAGCUGGUUGACAAACUGCAGCAAGCUCACACUCGCGCACUGUUUGCACUGUUGACAAGCGUGGUUGUCGCUUUGCCACACCUCAAGCUGCAACCUGCUCUUGCCACGCGCUGCCACGCUGCCAUGGCCCCCAAGAAGAAGCCCGCACAAGUCAAGGCUAAGGCCAAAAAGGUCGUCACGAAGGCCAGCAUCUAUGAGGCCGGCCAGCUUGCAGUGCCACAUCCGACAGUCCGACAGGCAGCAGUGAAGCGCAAGCCUGCGGCGAGCAAGGCAAGCAAGGCCCGGAAGGUGGUGGCCCCAACGAAGCCCAUUCGAAUCGGUUUUUUGAUUGGCAAGGACACAGACUUGGUGGAAGAUCCGAAGUAUGUCGGUGAUGCCUCGUUCAUGGCUGACAUGCCAGACAAGUACCGCGUCGACCCUGAGAGCAAGGAGUAUUUGAAGAACUGUGAAGCUGGUGUCAAAGGAUUUGCUCAUGCAGAUGUCGCGAUUCCUUGGUACAUUCACAAGAAGUACGGUGGUGAUGUAACUGUUGACAUGAUCUUCCCGGAGGAGAUCACGCUGAAGCGGUUGAAGUCUAACAUGUGCAACUACAUCAUCGGGUAUGAUGUCAUCAACUCCAUUUUCGAGGGUCCAAAGAGGUACAAAGAGGUAACGAAGGCAUUUACCGAAUGUGGCAAUCUAAUGCCAAGCUGGGAAGUCCAGGACUUUAUCUACAUCAAGUCUCGCUACAUGCAGGCUUGCAUGGACGCUGGGAUACCUAUGGCACCGACGAUUUUCGCUAAGAAGAACAAGCGAAGCCCAGCGAAGCUGCUGGCAGAGAUCAAAGCGCGAGGUUGGCAGACGUUUGUGAUGAAGCAAUCCAUGAUGGCUUUCUCUCUUGGCUUUUGCAAGCUGAAGGUCGAGGAUUGCGAGAAGGAUCCCAGCAUUCUCAAGAACUAUUUCCGGGACUACGCGGAAUGUCCUGAGUAUGUCGUGCAAGAGGCCAUCGACGGCUUCACCAGGAAUUGGGAGACCAGGGUCUUCUGGUUCAACGGCAAGUUCCUUUAUGCAAUCGCGAACAAGGCGGCAGUCUCCACUGAAGACGGCCAAGAGGUGAUAAUCACGGGAGACGACAUCCCCUCCGAAUUCCUGGAGAAUGCGAAGCGAAUAGGUGAACAGGCACUCAAGAUCUUGCCACAGCUGUGCACUCCCUCAGGACAGCCCGUUGACAUGACGCUGAUUCGCACUGAUGUCGGCUGUUCAGACAGCCCGUUGCAUGACAAGCACACCAACUGGGACCCCAACGGACGGACGUUUUUCUUGAACGAGAUUGAGUACGGCGGGACCACCUACUUCAUCCGACAUCUCAAGGAGGAUUGGGUCCCGAAAUGGGCCGAACUCUAUGUCAAUAAGUCGAAUGAAGUCUUUGACAAGAUGUGCGAAGCGGCAGCCUAG